AUGCCUAUAACCAACAACAAUCAACCCACAUUUACGUCUGAACCGCUAGCACGGCCGACGUCGCCCCCACACGCGUUUCAUGUAGACGAUGAUGCGUCCGGUGAUUUAGGUGACAACAAUAACGAGUUUCCUCAAGCCGAACAGAUUCUCGUAAGUCACUUACGCUUUGCACAUGCUCUUCGCAAGAAUGAUGCGGCCAUGAUAUUGCAAUAUUUAUCCAAGGAUGUGACGCUUAUAUCGAUGGACGGCGCAGUCCACGAAGGCCAGUCGGCUGUGCUCGCGUAUCUCGUGGGUCCCCGCAUGACAAAAGUGAGUGCAAAUCUUCAUAUUAAAGGCUGUCCGUCGCGUUCGGGAGUGUGCCAGUCGACAUUUAUUUACGAGCAUGGCAUCGUUUUCAAGGAUCCGUUGUUCAUGGAAGUGUUGGAGUGGAAGCCUCAGAACGCAACGAUCAUUCGAAUCACGCAUUUUGCGCUUCCAAAUGCAAAAAGUGGAAAGACGCCACACGAUUUUAGUAGAUCAAUGCCACUUCGACUUUCGUUUGGAAAUCGGAUAUCGGAUGGCGAUCCAAGUGAAGUUAAUGAAGAUUCAGAUGGAAACGAGACAGGCGAAUCAGAGAAUUACAGAAAUAGCGUUUCCGGACCUGUCAAAAUGCGCUCUCGACGUCUUAAAUCCAAUAGUUCAGCUGAUACGAACAACUCAAACAUUACAGCGGAUACAACAAGUUUACGACGUUCCAGUAGCAGUGGCAGCAAUCGAAGUGGAGGGAACGAGGCUGCUAUCCAGCCAUUGACGUUUGGCUCGAUGUCAUCUUCAGGAAUUCGAAAAUCUGUGCCAAUGCUUACACUUGUGGAGAUUUCAUGUAAAGGUUUGGUGCCUAUUCGCAAGCGCAAGACGGUGAAUCCUUUUGUACUAAUGCGCUGUCCAGUAACCAAUUGUGUUUGGAAGAGUCCGAUCAUGCGUCGAGAUCCGAAUCCUAAGUGGACUCAUCUUCGAUUUAAGGUUCCUACUCAAAAUAUCGCUGAUGUGGUGGAAAUUUCGUUGUGGGACCAUACUUUCUUUCGUUCAGUGAAGGUGGCUGGAGCAGCCCUCGUCUUGUCUGAUGUGCUCAAAAACUCGUCUGAGUUCUGUACUACAAUUUGUCUGGAACGAUUUGACGCAACUCGCUGUGCUGGUGAACCUCAGCAUGUGUCAAUGCAGCUUCGAUUCGUGCAAACUGGCGGAAGUGAUUCAGUUGUUCGCUCCUCUAAUGAACCAGACCAAAAUACCAAUAAGUAUGAGAAUAAGCCGAGUCAGAGUAAGCUGACUAUCCCUUCUGGCUCAACCUUUCGUUUAAAGUCGCUGGUACUGUUUCCGUUUGUGAACGGUCAUGACACCAGCAUAUUGGCGAUGGUUGUUCUGGCUGCUAUUGUUGCGGCAGUUUUCUGGAUGCUAAUUCAGUGGCCGUAA